CAAACAAGGACACGUAGACAUUUACAGGAUAAUUCAGGAGCCAAAAGAUUUCUCUCUGUAAAAUCCGAACUCCAUGGGAUAUGGAGCGAGCUCCGUUAAUCCAUCCAGCCUCCCCGGCUUCCUCGAGCCACGAAUUCGUCGCCGGCGACCGCUCCAUUUCUCUGCCCAACCGACUCAAUGUUGUGGUUGCCGGAGCAGCGACUCGGCCGUAAUGUACUCUUCCCGCCACUACUCGUUUCGGCCGUUCGAUUUUCAGCGAACAUAUCUUCACCGCCAAAGAACGCCGAAAUGGCGAUGUCGAUCGUCGCUGAAGUUCAGCUCCCUCGAGCUCCCGCUCCUUCCUUUCAACUCGAACGAGGUUUUAGUUCCUUCAGAGAGCAAGACUCUGCAUCUAUAUGAAGCUAGGUAUCUGGCUUUGCUAGAAGAGGCUUUGGUGCAGAAGAAGAUGUUUGUGCAUUUUGUGUUGGAUCCAAUCUCCAUCAGCGAUUCAGGAGGUGAAGCUUCAUUUGCUGCUAGAUAUGGCUGCCUGGUCAAUAUAGAGAGUGUUGAGCGUCUAGAUGUCGGAGCAUUGGUGUCUGUUCGUGGAGUUGGCCGCGUCAAGCUUGCUGGUUUCUUGCAGUCGGAGCCUUACUUGAGAGGCGAAGUGAAGCCAGUGCAGGACAUCGGUGUCGACAGUGCUAAUGAGAUCAGUUCAAAAGUUACACAAGUGAAAGAAGCUCUUGGCAAUUUAAAUAGCCUAGAAAUCAAACUGAAGCCUCGCAAGGACGAAUUGUUGCAGACACGACUGGCCAAUGCUCUUUGGUGGGCUGAAAAGGAACCCGAACUAGAUUGUGAUGAAGCGUUCAUCCCAUCGCUUGCAGAACGCAUUUCCUUCACCGCAUUGCAACCAAUUUCAGGCAAGCUGCGCUCAUCGCAGUCAGAACUAUACAAUCUGCAGCAAGAGAAGUUACGAGCAAUGGACAUGAGAGACACACUGCAGAGGCUGGACGGUUCGCUGAAGCUAAUUAGUCAGAACAUUUCCAUGGUCGCAGCAAAGCUCGCCAUUCAAUCUCUCGGAAUGUCGUAAGCUGUAAAAAGUAAAAACAUGUCGAAACUGGUAAAAAGAAAUACUUCCUUCCAACUCAUAUUUGCUUCCUUUCUGUACAGGUCAAAACGGUAAUUACUCAAUCGAAGAGUAUAUUACUAAUGAGUCAUUCAGUCAAAGCAAAGUUGCAUCCAUAAGCAUACCUCCAAUUCCAAAUACUAAUGAAGUAAUAAUGACUAAUGAAAGCUCUCAUUUGCAUUAAAAAGAGUAUAUUAAGGGCUUAAUCACGAAUUUAAUAGCCAAAUUAAGGCAGAGUGAAAACGUGACAGCCCUGUUUGCGGGCGGCCUUAAUUAUUCCACCUACUCCCUCCCACAUGAAAUCUCUGAAACGAAUACCAAUCGUCCAUCACUUCGGUCCCACCGAAGAUGGACGGUCGAGAUUCGGCUAAUUGCUGCUAAGCAUUACCAGUCAACUAAAAAUGCUCUCCAGCUUUAACGUCUCCCGCCAGCCACCGAAUUCGAGCUGGAAAGAAAAAGCCAUCCCCGCGGUGUCUCUGCCACCGCGAUCCAGCCAGCCACCAUGUCCACCUCCGCCGCCGUUCGUGGAUUCACCGACGCAGAAACUCCACUUCUCUACGACGACACCGUUGAUGGAGCCGUCGACUACAAAGGCCGCCCCGUCCACCGCUCGAGCUCCGGCGGUUGGAGAUCCGCCGGUUUUAUCAUCGGAGUAGAAGUUGCUGAGAGAUUUGCGUACUACGGGAUCGGAUCCAACCUCAUCACUUACUUGACGGGGCCACUCGGCCAGUCAACGGCCGCCGCGGCGGCGAACGUCAACGCUUGGUCCGGAGCCGCGUCGCUGUUGCCUCUCCUCGGCGCCUUCGUCGCCGAUACCUUCCUCGGGAAGUACCGCACCAUAAUUGUUGCUUCCAUUGGCUACGUUCUGGGACUCGGGUUGCUGACUCUAUCAGCCGUUCUUCCCGCCCUUGGUGUGUCUUCCAGUUUAAUCCAGAUAGUCCUCUUCUUCUUCUCCCUGUACCUAGUAGCACUCUCACAAGGAGGCCACAAGCCUUGCGUACAAGCAUUUGGUGCGGACCAGUUCGAUGGGCAAGACCCUGCAGAAUGCAAAGCCAAGAGCUCCUUCUUCAACUGGUGGUACUUCUGCAUGUGUUCUGGGACCUUUGUAGCUAUAGCGGUGCUGAAUUACGUACAGGACAACGUCAACUGGGGGCUCGGAUUUGGAAUCCCAUGUCUCGUGAUGGUUGCAGCACUUGUGAUCUUCCUGCUUGGGACGAGGACCUACAGGUAUAGCGCCAAGAGGGAUGAUGAGAAUCCAUUCCUGAGAAUUGGGAAGGUGUUUGGUGCGGCGUUAAGGAACUGGCGAGCUGAUUCUUCUGCUGUUGCUCUUGAGGAGGAAGCGAGAGGGAGUCUGCCACACGAACACUCUGAGGAAUUCAGGUUUCUCAACAAGGCUCUGCUAGCCCCAGCAGAUACCAAAACCGGUGGGAAACUCUGCACCCUCAAUGAACUCGAAGAAGCCAAGUCAGUUCUUCGACUCAUCCCAAUAUGGUCGACAUGUUUAGUAUAUGGCAUCGUAUUCGCACAAUCCACAACCUUCUUCACCAAGCAAGGCCUGACCCUGGACAGAACAGUCUUCCCAGGCUUCCAAAUCCCACCAGCUUCCCUCCAAUCAUUCAUAACCAUCUCCAUCAUGAUCCUCAUCCCAAUUUACGACCGCCUCCUCGUCCCUCUCGCCAGGAUCAUCACAGGCAAGCCCUCAGGAAUCUCCAUGCUCCAGAGAAUCGGGACCGGAAUAUUCCUCUCCUUCCUCUCCAUGGCCAUAGCAGCACUGGUCGAGAUCAAGCGACUCCAGACUGCAGUCGACCAUGGAAUCGUCGACCAGCCAGAAGUCACAGUCCCCAUGAGCUUCUGGUGGCUCAUUCCUCAGUACGUCCUGUUCGGGGUCUCGGACGUCUUCACAAUGGUUGGGUUGCAGGAGUUCUUCUACGAUCAGGUCCCGAACGAUUUACGUAGCAUGGGGUUGUCCCUAUACCUUAGUAUAUUCGGGGUUGGCAGCUUUCUCAGUAGCUUCCUGAUAUCGGCGAUCGAUCGAGCAACGACUGGUGCAGAUGGUGGUGGGGAUAGCUGGUUUGCCAAUAACAUAAACCGGGGGCAUCUCGAUUACUUCUACUGGCUGCUUGCUGGGAUGAGUGCGGUUCAGUUGGUCCUGUACCUGUGGUUUGCCAAGUCUUACGUGUAUAACAAGGGAUCUUCUGUGUAACAAUUACUCCAUGCUCUUUCUUGUGAUGGUUUAGGGUCCAUUUACCUCUGUAAUUGUAUGUAUACUUUGGAGUUGGGACUGUUGCUUAAGGUUCGUUCGGUCAGCACGUAAGGUAGGGUAUAUAGGAAGGAAUUUUUAAGAAUUCGUGUAUUUUAUAGGUUGAAUUUGUAAGAAUUCAUGUAAUGUCAUAAGAUGAUGUUUGAUUUGUAAGAAUCUAUGAUAUUGAGUCUCGUACGAUUCGAUGAAUCAUUAUAGGUCAAAAUCAGGGUUUAAGAGGGCAUAGUUCUGUGUCCGUUUAGGCAUCAGGUAGUGACAAAACGCCUCAUUUAGGAUUUUGGCCACAAUUAGGUGUUCAUA